ACCGCCUCUUCCCCUCCUCACACUUCCUCCCCCUCCUCAGUGGGGGGGCACAGAAGGCAACAAAUCCCACUCAAAUGCCAGUUCAGACUCUUGCCACCGACCCCAAGAUGGACACACUGCCCAGAUGGACGAGCGCUCCCCUUCAUCACAGUCGUCCAGCGACAGCCGCUCUUCUCCAUCUAAGACUUCAAGCGACAGCCGCUCUACAUCAUCUCAGUCGUUCAGUAACAGUCAUUCCUCUCCAUCUUACACAUCCAGCGACAGCCGGUCGCCUGCCUCUCAGUCAUCCAGUGAUGGUUGCUCCACACCAUGUGAAGACAGAGCUGACCCCAGGUCAUUUCAGCAGAACGUCAGCCAUCUACCAAGUAGACAUACUCCAACGAGCACUGAGAAAGUGAAACUGACACAAAGAAGUGAAGGUGAAAAGCAGCUGAACAUGAAAAAUUUGGAGGACCUCAGUUCCCUAAAACACAAUCAGAGGGGGAUGAAGAAACAUGAGAAAGGAAGAGGAAAGGAGUCAUCGAUUCCUACUGCUGACUCAGCAGAUGAGAGGCGAAAGGAUGAGACGGGUCACGACACUGGACCCAAUGCCUGCAAGGAUGGCACACCAGUACAGGAUGGAGCAACUGCCAGCCAUGUGUUAGAGUCAGUCCAGCCUCCUCUGGAACCAAAUAAAUCUUUAGAUAAAGACGGUGAAAGAAAAAGCAGAAAACAAAGAAAUUUGGAAGUAGAGAAACGAUGGGGACAAGACAAGGACUCAGACUCCAAACAAGAAGUGGCGAGACAGCACAAUGUAAAGGCCAGUAAGGAGGCUGACAGGAUGGACACAGGCAAGUACAGAAACCUUGAAGGCAUAAAAGCUUGUGACACUAGAUGGGAGAAAAAUAGAAAAAGAAAAGGUGACGAUAUUGAGAGAAAUAAAACCUGCAAAAGUGAAUCUCCUGAUCCAUUUGACGGAAAGAAGCAAAAUGCUGAGAAAAAGAAAGAGAGAAAAACAGUGCCUCUGACAGAGAGAGACAUCUGGGAGGGAGGGAUAACGGUGAAACCACUGAAGAAAAUAAACAUCUACAUCAACCUGGAUGCGAAAAGGAAGGAGGAGAAAACUGAACAGGAGCGGUCAUAUUCAGAGGGUAUCACAGGGAAAGCACAGGAGGAAAUCGAGAAGACUGGUGAUGGAGAAGAGGAGAAGUUAAAGAGAGGAAGCACUGAAGCUCAAGAUGGUGACAAGAUGCUAUGCGGCAGAGCAAAGGAAGGUGUGUUUGAAGAAAUAAAGUCAGGUGAGGUUGGGGCACAAGAAGUGUCGGAGAAAGGCACCAUCAUAGAUAAUCAGGGAGAGAAGAUUUCAGGAGGGGGAGAAUACAUCAGGGAGAGGAAGGAGCACAGAGAAGAGGAGGACUUUGACUUGUGGCAUUGUGCCCUCAGAGGAGCCGCAGAGGAGAAGAGUAAAAAUCAAAGGGAGGAAGGAGACAGAACAAAGACCAGCAAAGAAGAAGUGACAAGAGACCAGAGGAGGACCAUGAUGGAAAAAGAGGAAGGAGAAGAGAGGACAUGGAAUGAAAGCCAAGGAAAAGAGGUGGGAGAGUUAGUUCAAAAUUGUCAGAAGGAGAAGGCAGAGCGAGACAGCACAUGCACGGACAACAGAGGACACCCACCGGGCGAGUCGAAGCCAGAGGAGGAGCUGAAGGAGGGAAAAGAAGAAGACGCAAUGGGGUCCAGACUAAUGAGCCGCUGUGACAGAUCUAAGACUGCAGUGGAUGAUGGCAGCUGUGAGGAUCUUCAGGAGAGGACGGCGCAGGACAGAGCUGCAGAGGGGGAAGACGAGCUCGUGCUCAUACAGGUCCCUCGCUCCAAACUUGAGAAGGAAGAGCCUGAAGAAGAGGAAGAAGAUGGAGAGAUCGCACCUGUGGUACCAACCAGCCAGGAGACGGAGGAAGAGAAUGUUCGAAAGAGUCAGAGGUCAGUGGACAUGGAGAGAGACAGGGACAGAGCACUGCAGAGAGGAAGGGGCAGGGAGGAGGAUGAAGAUGGCACCAUGUCCAGUUCGAACAGAAGUGUGGCUCCCUCUAGUGGCAAAGAUGGACCUAAAAGCUCCUUGUGUACAGACAGGGAGAGGGAGAAAGGGGUGGAGAGGCGGAGGGACAGAGAGAGAGGAAGGGAGAGUGAUAGACAGAAGGUGGGCAAAAGGCCAAGAGAACGAAGGCGGGAGGAAGAAAGAGAGAAGGACAGGUGGCGAGGGAGGGAGCGCAGCAGCACUAUCUCAGCCCAAAAGAGGAAUCUUCCCUCCUCCGGUCACUCUUCCUCAAUGUCACAUGACACAGAGCGGAGAGACAGGCAGCAUGGUGGAAGAAGGGAAAGAAGCUCAAUAAGCAGAGCUGCCAAACCACCUGAUCAAAAUGCUUACAAAACAUAUAAAGACACAAUACUGGACUCGAAGUGUAAAGACAAAAAUCAUGAUUAUCGAGAUCAAGCACAGAACUACAGACCUGCUGGGACCCACCACUCCUCAUCGCUCCGCUCCCACAGCCAGGGCAAGAACAGAGACCAGCCCCGCUUUGAAUGCUUCGGCCCAAAGCCCAGAAUGAGCAGCUCCGGUUGGGAAUUCAUACAGAACAGAAGUAGAAAUGAGAGCAAAGAUGAGACCGGGGUUUGGAAGCCAGACAAGGUGGAUGAAGUGAUGAAAGAAAGCAAAGAGGAGCAAGAGGCUAAAGGAAUGGAGACCGAGAGAGAAGGAGGUAGUCGAUGGGAGGAUGAGACUGAUAAAGUGUCCAAAGAGACCAAGUGGGAGGGAGAGAGAGAGCUGGAGGAGGGAGAGAGGUCCAGCAGCCGCAGCAGCGGCUCAUCAGCGCGCCAGGACCACAGCAAGGACGGCAGGGGGAAAGAGAAGAAGAAACACAAGAGACAGAGGAAGCACAAAAAGGAGGGGAGAGGAGUCAUGGCUGAGCAGCUGGAGGGAGGAGAGCUGAAAACACACUAGGAGUCAGACAAACGGAGCCGAGGAAGAGGAGGGAAAACCACGCUAGCCUCCACUCAGUUCUCUUGUCCUUCCUGUCAGGGACAAAAGAUCAAUUUACUUGAAUGAUGUUUUUCCUUUCUCUGCCCAAAAAGUGCCUGGAUAAAUUUUUUUUGACUUGUUUUAUUUUUCCAGAAUACUUGGUCUGUCCUAUCAAACAUGCAUCAUCCAAAAGGAAGGUGAGCUGACUGUGAAGGAGAAGCACUUUUACUAUGUAGAAGGAAACAA